CGCUGAAAGGCAGCAGCUAGCUCGAGCUAGAACAAAGAUGCACGGUGUGUUGAGGUUCUUGGCCUACUUUAUUGUCGUCUUGUACGGCACCUUCAGCGAGUGGACCGUUUCUCUUGUAACUCUCGUCACUAACUGUUCCUCUUCUCUGAAUACCGAGACUCAGACCUUCUUUUAGACUCGCCGUAAGGUUUCUUGAAUCAGUAUGUCUCCCGAAUCCACGACCGAUGAUGCGCUGAAGGGCGACGAUGACUUCUCGAUCAUCGAACGCUUGGCCGAUGCCAUUCGCAUCGAGGAAGACGUUCAGAUCAGUCAGAAGGACCGCAAGGAAGUCAUCCAGGAUCUCUACGAAGGCCCGAAGAAGUGCCAGUGUUGCAUCAACUGGAUGGACGAUUGUCCAAACGGGGUCGAUCUGACCGAAGUCGAUGAAGACGACGAUGAAGACAGCGGCAGCCCCCUGAUCAUUCGACGCCGAGUAAACGCCAGCCGCACUGGCACGAUCAUAUCUAUUCACUCGAUCGAAAUUCGACAUGCGGCGACCCGCAAAGUUCUGAUCGAUGUUUUCCAACCCUACGAUAACAUCGUCCACCGAGUCAAGUACCUUACAUUCUUGGCCCCCUUCCACCAGUUCUUCUGGCGCUGGGAGCGCUUCGAGAAGGCCGUCGCGGAGGAGAAGGACGACACUGUGAAGAAAAUACUGGUUCUUUUGAGGGGCUUGGUCAAACGCGAGCUGGCAGGGGCGUUUGCCGUGAACAAGGAGCUCGUUAGCCACGGGGUCAUCACCUUCAGCUACCUCUGGAUCUUAUUCGCGCCCGGGGAGCUGAUCUACUCGGCCGACGACAGUCACGACCGAUUCUACGUCCUUCGAUCAUGCUCCGCGAGAGACAUCGCCACAGAACUAAGUCUCUCCUAUAUUGCUUGGGGUUAUCCAGCGAUGCGAUUCGGCACGGUCCACGAAGACAUCUCCAUCGAAAAUUUCCUAGGGUCUCGCCCAAUUGACAGUCUACCUGCCUUCCCCGCCAAGUAUCUCCGCGACUUCUCAGGAAUGCAAACAAAGCUUGUAGAACGAGGGCGCAAAUACGCACACCUGGCUGGUACUCAUUACAAAGCAUACCAUCCCGCAGGACAGGAUCCGAAAUCUGAGCUUCGGGUGAUGAUCGAUCCUAGUCACAGAAGGGUAUAUCUCUCAGCAUAUAUCCGUGAUAAAAGUGACGAAAUGCUUGAGGUACUUUUCAGCCAGUACACCGAUCUCAUCAACCAAUCUCCGGUGGAUUCACCUCCCCCGAAUGGCAUACACGUCCCUUUGGAUGAGUACAUUGACGAGUGGGACGAGAGACCAAGAGGCGGUCGUCGACCUUUCCGAGGCCCCAUGCCUCGACGGUCUUCCCCAUAUUACGUACCACCUGCCGUGCCCAGACGAAGAUCCCCAGUUGUAAUCGAGACUGACCGAAGACGUCGGAGCAUCUCUCCGGGAUUUAGAAGACGUGAUGAGGAUAUCGAGGAGAACUCCAGAAAGAAUCUAACGGAAUUUCAUCUACAGCUCACAGACCCCGAGGUCGAUGGAUUUGAUCUCAAGGAGAAAGUCUGGAGAAGCUUUGAAGUAGACCGAAUCCACGAUAUCGAAUGGAAUACGAAACCCUUCGAGAGUCUCGUGUUGCCGGACGGAUACAAGGAUUUGAUUCUGGCUUUCGUUGAGAGUCAGGUCAAGGAAAAGGUUGCAUUUGAUGACGUGAUCAACGGCAAAGGUGGUGGGCUCGUAGCCUUGCUUGCCGGAGAUCCAGGCGUGGGCAAGACUCUCACUGCCGAGUCAGUUGCCGAGAAAAUCCAAGCUCCUCUGUUCAAGAUGGAGUUGGGAGAUUACCACGAGGACGAUCGCGACAACGACGUUAACCUAGUUCGCUAUGAUGACAGGAAUCAAUCCUUGAGUCCCCGUCCCCGAGACCCAGAACGUCCAAUGAGCUUCACAACUGCAUUUGAACUCGCUGCUCGCUGGGGAGCCGUUCUUCUGAUUGACGAAUGCGAUAUGUACUUGGAGAAGCGCAGUGAAGCUUCAUCCAAACGGAACAGGAUGGUCUCUCGCUUUCUGAAAGAAUUGGAGUACUAUCCGUCGCUCCUCUUCCUCACUACGAACCGCGAGCGAUCCCUUGACCCUGCCAUCUACUCCCGUGUCCAUCUCAACAUCAACUAUCCCGCAUUGGACGAACCUUCCCGUAUGACAAUUUGGCAGACUUUCUUGGAGAAAAACGACUCGACCAUAUCAAGGAGUGAGUUUGGAUCCCUGUCUAGGAUCCCUGUGAAUGGCCGCCGUAUUCGAAACAUUGUGAAGACGGCUGGCAUCAUGGCGAAGAAAGACGGGAGAGCGGUAAACUUUGAUGACGUAAAGAAAGUCAUGAAGAUCACCGAGGGAAUCGAGAUUGAAGACUUCUAGCGACCUUGAUUGAUGAGAAUACGGGAGUUUGCUGCUUUGUGCCAUCUGUCUUUUGAACAAGUUGGACCUUGCUUUCGCGACGCCGUUGAAUAAUAGAUGCACAGUGUACUUCAGGUUUCAAGUUCAAGUAUACGUCGUAUCCGUCAAACGGAAUGCGAAUGAAUAUGGAAUGAAGUCUCGAGCUUGUACAGGAUGAAGCAAAUAAAGAACUAUGUACAUGUGGAUGGAAUAUUUCUUUGCUCCGGUGAGGUUCUGGUGCCUCUGUGGAAAAGGCCAUAUCAACGCCGUUAACGGCCCAGUCCUCAGGUGAAGUGCGCAUCGAUGGUCUUCUUCAUAUCCUGAGCAAUCAGCUUGUGUCCAGCAGUCGUUGGUUGAAUAAAGUUCAUCCAGAAGUAUUCGUUUGCGUGUCCGUCAAUCAUGCAGUCCGUCCACUGCGCCGUCUCAUCUCCAUCACAGAAAAGGUUCAGCGGCUUCGGGAAACC